ACAACCUCAGAUUUUUAGUAUUUAAUCACCGCCUUUUCCCUUCCUCCAAAUCUCUCUCCCCUCGCCAUCAGACUCAUCCCGGGUAUCACUUACUAUUACCUCAUCCGGUACAAAGUGCAAAACUCCUCAGCGCAUCGGAAAACACGCCCUCAGUACGAACCCAAGUUAGUUCAAGCAUUCACAAACGUCCUUCCCCAUAUCCAUCCUCAAACAAGAAAGUUCACCGCGCCCAUCAUUCCACAGAAAUGCCACCACUCACACAACCCUUAUACCUCUGCCAUAUCUGCUUCCAACUCUACUUCGAUCGCAUAGAACUCCUAAAACAUUAUAAUUCUUCCCACGGUGAUGAGAACGAAUUCCCGAAAGAUGGAGAGGGUGGGGGAAGUGAGGAUGAUAGUGAGGAUAGCGAGGGAGCUGGGAAUGGAGGAGAAGGAUGCGUCAUGGAUAAAUAUGGAAAAAGGGAUCAAUCUGGAGAGAGUUUGGAUGUGAUGUUUCCUACUUGAUGAGUUUAUCUGAUGAGUUUAUCUGAGAGGAGCUGAAUGGGGGAAGGACGGGAGGGAUGAUACGGGGAGUUAGAGGGAGUAGGGAAAUGCUUUAAUUUAGCCAUUCUCCAUGAUAUGAGCCGC